AUGGGGAAUGUCACAGCUAUGAUAGAGUUUGUCCUGGUGGUAUUUCCCAACAGCCAUGAAGUGGAGAUCAUCUUCUUUGUGGUGUUCCUGCUUGUUUAUUUAGUGACUCUCCUGGGAAAUGCUCUUAUCAUUGUUCUGAUCUAUGCAGACUGCCAUCUCCAUUCUCCCAUGUAUUACUUCCUCAGUAAUUUGUCCUUCAUUGAGAUUUCCAUGACUUCCUUUGUGGUGCCAAAAAUGCUGGCAAACAUCCUGCCAGAGAAGAAAACCAUCUCCUUUGCCAGCUGUUUUAGCCAACUCUACUUUUAUUUCUUCCUGGCUGCAAUGGAGUUCAUCCUCUUUGCCAUCAUGUCCUAUGACCAGUAUGUGGCAAUAUGCAACCCCCUGAGGUAUCCCACCAUCAUGACGGAAAGGAUAUGCAGUUGGCUUGUCCUGGGCAUGUGGGUAGGUGGCUUGAUCAUGAUCCUGCUGUUAGUGGUCCUGAAAGCCAGGCUGCCAUACUGUGGUCUCAACAUCAUCAACCACUAUUGUGACCGUGCACCUCUCCUGCACCUCACUUGCAUGAACAUCUGGCUUGUUGAGCUGAAUGAUUUUGUGGUGUCCUUGGUCCGCUCCUUGGCUUUGACCGCCAUCCCCUAUGCUUGGAUUAUUUCAACCAUAUUCUGGAUCCCGUCUGCCCAGGGCAGGAAGAAAACAUUUGCCACUUGCACUUCUCAUUUCACUGUUGUUUCCCUGGGUUUUGGCAUCUCAAUCUUUGCCUACAUCAGGUCUUCCCAGAUGAACUCUGUGCACCUCAGCAAAAUCCUCUCUGUUCUCUCCAGCAUUGUGACUUUUCUUUUAAAUCCCUUCAUAUUCAGCCUAAGGAAUGAGCAGAUGAAAGAAGCCUGGAAAAAUGCUUUGUGCAACUGCCUGGGGAUGGCUAAGCAGGCCAGAAACCCAUGA